GAGAGGAGUAAACGUUAAAUGAAAGCUAUUUCUUGAAAAUGAAAUCAUUAGUGUUGAGUGUUCUGUUUGUAAGUGUUUUUGGUCUUAAUGAAUGCUGUAGGUGCGCUGUAAGGCCUGAUUUCGAUCUGGGCUGUGCAUCAGAUUUCAUAAUCAAGACCAAAGUGACAAGUCAACUUCGAAAUCAUUCGGUUCCAAACAAUUCUGACAGCUUCUACUAUACGAUUAAGCAACCAUCUUAUGGUAAUACAUACAAGUUCAAUUUCCGUUCUGAUGUAUCUGCGGCAAACAAAGCGAGAGUAUACACAAGUGAGAGUACCGCAUCGUGCGGUGUCUUUUUAGAAAGGGGAAAGACGUACAUCCUGUCAGGGAGUGUCAAUAAAGAAAAGCAGCGCAUGGAAAUCAACUCGUGUUCGUCUUGGGUGCGGGAGUCGAGUCAAAUCAGCCCAGAGUCCCGGCAGCUGUUGAUGCAGUUUAAACAAGGAAUCGUAGUGUGCCCGGAGCAAAAUUAAGCGAAAACGAUGACAUACAUAUGAACAUUCUUCGCUAACUCAAAUGUAAAGGACUGUACCGUGUACAAUACACAGAUGUCAUAGUAAACGAAGAAAACACCAUGCUGUAUUUUCGUUAACCAUUUUAUGAAUCACGGUUGACUAACGUUUUGAUGGGUUAUUCCAUAUUUUAUUAUUGCACGAAUGCGUACCUGUAUAAAAACAAUGUGGCAAAACGAUGACAUUAUUUCAGCGAACGCCACCUUGUAAACCACAUUGUUUACCUUAUGAAUUUUGUUGAAUCUGUAUAUUGAAAAGUGCACCAACGGUUGAAUAAAUUAUCGUGACAC